ACACAGCAGAUCACCGAUCACGGAAAGAGCCGAAGAUGUCGCCUCGGUCAUGUGAUCAGCUGUGUCCAAUCACAGCUGAUCACAUGGGACAUGUACACUGAUCAUCAGGGCCCUGAUGAUCAGUGGAGACCCAGCAGUGCCACCUGUCAAGUGUCCAUCAGUGACAGCUGUCAGUGCCUCGUGCCAGUGCCCAUCAGUGCCACAUCAAUGCCACAUAUCAGUGCACACCAGUGCACAUCAAUGCCACAUAUCAGUGCCCAUCUGAGCUGCCUUUCAGUGCCACCCAUCAGUGCCAGUCAGUGCCACCUAUCAAUGCCAAUCAGUGCCACCUAUCAG